AUGCGCCUCCAAGUCGCAGCUAAUAGACCACUUCUUGGGUCCUUGAGCAUCGUAUUGCUGGUUACGGAGGCGUACGUGUAUGUGGAGGCUGAAGGUGUCGGAGGGAGCAGCCCAUGGCUGCGGUCGGUGAACAACCUCCUCGGGCGGCAAGUGUGGGAGUUCGAUCCUGAACUCGGCACGCCAGAAGAGCGCGCCGAGGUGGAGAAGGCACGGCGGGAGUUCGCGGAGCACCGCUUCGAGCGACAGCAUUCUAGCGACCUCCUCAUGCGGAUGCAGUUAGCUAAAGCAAACCCUCAGAAGGUGGACCUUCCAGUUGUCAAGCUUGGGGAGCAUGAAGAUGUCACCGAGGAAGCCACAUGGAGCUCUUUGAAAAGGGCAGUAAGCCGCGUCUGUAAUUUGCAGGCACAUGAUGGACACUGGCCCGCGGAUUAUGGAGGACUUUUGUUCAUUUUGCCAGGCUUGAUUACAACAUUGUAUGUGACUGGAGCUCUGAACACUGUUUUAUCAUUGGAACAUAAGAAGGAGAUGCUCCGGUACAUCUAUAAUCAUCAGAAUGAAGACGGAGGGUGGGGAAUGCAUAUUGAGGGCCACAGUACCAUGAUUGGCUCAUCCUUGAACUAUGUUGCCUUGAGAUUGCUCGGGGAGGGCCCAAAUGGUGGGGAUGGAGCCAUAGAGAAAGGUCGGAACUGGAUUUUAGACCACGGAGGAGCCACAUUUGCACCAUCGUGGGGGAAGUUCUGGCUCUUGGUACUUGGAGCAUAUGAUUGGUCUGGUACUAACCCAGUGCCACCAGAAUUAUGGCUGUUACCAUAUCACCUGCCAUUUCACCCAGGUCGAUUUGCGUGCUAUAUCCGAAUGGUGUAUUUACCCAUGUCUUAUAUUUAUGGAAGGAAGUUUGGUGGCCCAGUCACACCAGUUAUACUGGAACUAAGAAAUGAACUCUACAGAGUGCCCUAUGAUGAGAUUAACUGGAACAAAGCUCGAACUGAAUGUGCCAAGGAAGAUAUGUACAAACCACAUUCAUCAUUCCACGAUAUACUCUCGUUCAUUAUCAACAAGUUUGUUGAACCAGUUUUGUCACGUUGGCCUUGGAGAAAACUGAGGGAGAAAGCUCUGGCUACUGUCAUGAGGCACAUUCACUACGAAGAUGAGUGCACUCGAUACAUCAACCUUGGUGCUGUACCCAAGCCGUUAAAUAUGCUUGCUUGCUGGAUUGAAGAUCCAAACUUAGAGGCAUUCAAAUGCCAUAUUCCACGAGUAUAUGAUUACAUAUGGAUUGCUGAAGAUGGCAUGAAGAUGCAGAUUUACGAUGGCAGCCAGGUCUGGGACGCAGGUUUCACAGUUGAGGCCCUUGUGGCUACUGACCUUGUCAAUGAGCUUGGACCAACUCUUGAAAGAGCGCACUCCUUCCUUAAGAAGUCACAGUUGCUUGAGGAUUGCCCCAGAGAUUUCAACCACUGGUAUCGCCAUAUUUGCAAAGGUGGUUGGACAUUUACUACAGCUGAUGAUGGUUGGCAAGUUUCAGAUUGCACUGCAACAGCAUUAAAGGCAUGUCUGUUGUUAUCAAAGAUUUCUCCUGAAAUCGUUGGAAAACCACUGGAAAUUUCUAGACAAUAUGAUGGUAUCAAUGUUCUGAUGUCUUUCAUGAAUAAUAAUGGCGGCAUUUCAUCAUUUGAACCUGUAAGGUCUUAUGCAUGGUUGGAGGAUUUUAAUCCUUCUGACUCAUUUGGGCGCGUUAUGAUUGAAUACUCGUAUGUCGAAUGUACAUCAUCAUCAAUUCAGUGUCUAGCAUUAUUCAGAGAGCUUAACCCUGGGCACCGCAAGGAAGAGGUGGAAAAUUGUAUCAGAAAAGGCGCUGAUUUCAUUGAGAUUUCUCAAAGAAGAGAUGGUUCAUGGUAUGGCUCGUGGGGAAUUUGUUUUACUUAUGCCACAUGGUUUGCAGUGGAAGGAUUAGUUUCUGUUGGUAGGACAUUCAAGAAUAGCGCUGCGAUCAGAAAGGCUUGUGAAUUUCUCUUGUCAAAAGAGCUUCCUUCGGGUGGCUGGGGAGAGAGCUAUCUGUCAAGUCAUGACGAGGUUUACACAAAUCUAAAAGGCAACCGACCUCAUGGUACACACACUGCCUGGGCCAUGCUAACACUAAUUGAUGCAGGGCAGGCCGAACGAGAUCCAAUGCCUCUACAUCGAGCAGCUAAGGUUUUGCUCAAUUUACAAUUAGAUGAUGGAGAAUUUCCACAGCAGGAGAUCAUUGGAGUUUUUCUCCAAACUGCCAUGGCCAGUUACUCCCAGCACAGGAAUGUCUUCCCUAUCUGGGCUCUCACAGAAUACCGUCGUCGAGUAUUGCUUGCAGGCAAGAAAUAG